UCGUCCCAGCGCGCUCCUCCGCCGCCGCCGCCUCCUCCUCCUCCUCCUCCACGGACUUUCGGUAACUGCCCAGCCGCCGCCAUGGACGCCAUCAAGAAGAAGAUGCAGAUGCUGAAGCUGGACAAGGAGAACGCCCUGGACCGCGCCGAGCAAGCCGAGGCCGACAAGAAGGCCGCCGAGGACCGCAGCAAGCAGUUAGAGGACGACAUUGUGCAGCUGGAAAAGCAACUGCGGGUCUCGGAGGAUGAGAGGGACCGGGUUCUCGAAGAGCUGCACAGUGCCGAGGACAGCCUUCUCUCUGCGGACGAGAAGGCCACCAAGUUGGAGGAUGAGUUGGUGUCUCUGCAAAAGAAGCUGAAGGGCACAGAAGAUGAGCUGGACAAGUAUUCGGAGUCCCUGAAAGAUGCCCAGGAGAAGCUGGAGGUGGCAGAGAAGAAAGCUGCAGAUGCUGAGAGCGAUGUGGCUUCUCUGAACAGACGCAUCCAGCUGGUAGAGGAGGAGCUGGAUCGUGCCCAGGAGCGCUUGGCGACAGCCCUGCAGAAGCUGGAGGAGGCCGAGAAGGCAGCAGACGAGAGCGAAAGAGGAAUGAAGGUCAUUGAGAGCAGAGCCCUGAAGGAUGAGGAGAAGAUGGAAAUCCAAGAGAUCCAGCUGAAAGAGGCCAAACACAUUGCGGAGGACGCCGACCGCAAGUACGAGGAGGUGGCCCGGAAGCUGGUGAUCAUCGAGAGCGACCUGGAGCGUGCCGAGGAACGGGCCGAGCUCUCCGAAAGCAAAUGUGCUGAACUUGAAGAGGAAUUGAAAACUGUGACCAACAACCUGAGGUCGCUGGAAGCUCAGGCGGAGAAGUACUCUCAGAAGGAAGACAAAUACGAAGAGGAAAUCAAGGUUCUUACUGACAAACUGAAGGAGGCCGAGACCCGCGCUGAAUUUGCAGAGAGGUCAGUAACCAAGCUAGAGAAGAGCAUCGAUGACCUAGAAGAGAAAGUGGCUAAUGCGAAGGAAGAAAACUUCAAUAUGCAUCAGAUGCUGGAUCAAACUUUACUGGAGUUAAACAACAUGUGAUAAGUCUCUUAUCUGGGACCAUGCCAACAUCAGUUUCAUUUCUAGUUUGUUUUUUAAACACCUGCUUGCCAUGAAACCCCUUGAAAUGUGUCCUUAUUUUAUAAUUUCCCCCCCAUGUUGCCGCAGUCAGUCACAGGCCCAUCCGCUCUAUCUGGGCGUGGAGUCGGGGAAAAGAUUGAGAUGGGAAACAAGAUGGAGGAGUUAGGGGGACCUCCACUAGCUUCAGGGUGCCAUCAUUCAGACUUCCUGUUGCCUACGUUUCGGAUGGAGUUGGCUAAUGCUAAUUGUCUGCAGGCUUGAGAAAUGGAAAUACUCUUUCAUUAGUAGUGUCACCGUAGAUAUAAUUCAAAGUUUAAUUGUUGGGAACACAGGAGGUAAGGUGAAGGGAAGAGGGGAUUUUGGCAGGCAUAUCUUGAAAGAAAGGGGACCCAUGUGGUCUUCCAGCUUCUCUUCGUCUAACUUGGCAGUUUGUCCAGCCAGGUAACUGGAUUUUCCUGGAAGGGCCUGGGGUUCAGCAUGAAAAUAAAGUUCGAACAUAGGCGGCAUUUUGGUCUGCAAAAAGGUUCUGUGGCGGCCUCGAAGAUCUGUUGCGCUUGGGAGUGACCCUCACCUUCACAUGGAGUA